AUGGAGGUUGGAAGACGAAGUCAGGAGUUGUUCCGCCGCUGUCUCUCGCCGGUAAAGGCACACCCCUUCCCACCAUCUUCGCUCUCCUGUUUCUUCAUCCCGUCGAGAAGCCAUCACCUUGCUUCCGCCGCUGCUGUCAUUUUCGGCAAGAAAUUAGAGAAGACGAGUGGGAAAAUCAAAGCAAGAAAUGACGAGCGAACCCCACCUCCGCCACUCCACCGGUUUUCUCCGCCAGCGUCGCCACCUCAAGCCUUCCUCCGCAAGCAGCGCCACAGGGUUCGUGUUUGCAAGUUCAUCAAUUUGAAUUGCCUAUCUGCUGUUUGA